GCCAUGGCCAGCCACGUGGACUUGCUGACGGAGCUUCAGCUGCUGGAGAAGGUGCCCACGCUGGAGCGGCUGCGGGCGGCCCAGAAGCGCCGGGCCCAGCAGCUGAAGAAGUGGGCGCAGUACGAGCAGGACUUGCAGCACCGCAAGCGCAAGCAUGAGCGGGAACGGAAGCGCAGUGCCGGAGGCCGCCGCAAGAAGGUGUCCUUCGAGGCCAGCGUGGCCCUGCUGGAGGCCUCCCUGAGGAAUGACGCCGAGGAAGUCAGCUUGAGCCUCCAUAACAAAAUAUCCCCGGGAAGCUGCCUGGAGCUGACUGUGCCUGUGUGUCCCUCCCAGUGCUGCAUUGACAACUUUGAGGAAAUCGUCAAGCUGCUCCUUUCCCAUGGUGCGAAUGUGAAUGCCAAGGACAAUGAACUGUGGACACCCCUGCACGCUGCAGCCACUUGCGGCCACAUCAACCUGGUGAAGAUCCUCGUUCAGUAUGGGGCCGACUUGCUUGCUGUCAACUCUGAUGGGAACAUGCCAUAUGACCUCUGCGAGGACGAGCCCACCCUGGAUGUCAUCGAGACCUGCAUGGCGUACCAGGGUAAGGGGAGUGGGCUAUCCCUUUGGGGCCAGAUUGCCCAUGGAAUAUGCAGGCUGCACAUUGCCGGAGCCAAUGGAUACCUGCGGGCAGCUGAGCUCCUCCUGGACCACGGAGUGCGUGUGGAUAUGAAGGACUGGGAUGGCUGGGAGCCUCUGCAUGCGGCUGCCUUCUGGGGACAGAUGCAGAUGGCAGAGCUCUUGGUGUCCCAUGGGGCUAGUCUCAGUGCUAGGACAUCCAUGGAUGAGAUGCCAAUAGACCUGUGUGAGGAGGAGGAGUUCAAAGUCCUGUUGCUGGAGCUAAAACAUAAGCACGACGUUAUCAUGAAGUCACAGCUGAGGCACAAGUCAUCCUUGAGCCGGAGGACAUCCAGUGCGGGCAGCCGUGGGAAGGUGGUGCGUCGAGCCAGCCUGUCGGACAGGACCAACCUGUACAGGAAGGAAUACGAGGGAGAGGCCAUCCUGUGGCAGCAGCGGAGCACAGCCGAGGACCAGCGGACCUCCACCUACAACGGGGACAUCAGGGAGACCAGGACUGACCAAGAGAAUAAGGACCCGAACCCCAGGCUGGAGAAACCCGUGCUGCUCUCUGAAUUUUCCACCAAGAUCCCACGGGGUGAACUGGACAUGCCUGUUGAGAAUGGCCUCCGGGCUCCGGUCAGCGCCUACCAGUAUGCACUGUCCAAUGGGGAUGUCUGGAAGGUGCAUGAGGUGCCCGACUACAGCAUGGCCUAUGGCAGCCCUGGCAUGGCUGAUGCCACCCCGCCCUGGAGUGGCUACAAAGAGCAGAGCCCCCAGACGCUUCUGGAGCUGAAGCGGCAGCGGGCUGCAGCCAAGUUGCUCAGCCACCCCUUCCUGAGCACCCACCUGGGCAGCAGCAUGGCCAGGACUGGCGAGGGCAGCAGUGAAGGCAAGACCCCCUUGAUCGGAGGCAGAACUUCACCAUACAGCAGCAAUGGGACCUCAGUGUAUUACACAGUCACCAGCGGAGAUCCCCCGCUCUUAAAGUUCAAGGCCCCCAUGGAGGAGAUGGAGGAGAAGGUCCAUGGUUGCUGUCGCAUCUCCUAGUCUCCGUGUGAUGAAGGAGAGAGAUUCCUCAGGGGAGGAGUCCCUGAAAUCCAGGCCAGCCCAACAGUCCUGUCUGGGGAGGUAUCAGAGGGCAGCUGGGUGAGAGGUGGGCUCAGCAUUCCUCUGGAAAGCAGAGCCCACCUCUCACCCAGCUGCCCAUAGCGUCACCGCUCCCCAUGGUUCUGCUUCCUGCUGCAUUGUCUGCCACCUGAAACAAGGCUCGCAGUGGCCUCCUGACUCUCUCUGCUGUCUGAUUUUGGGAGAGCAGGCUUGAAAUCCCAGUUCUGUUCUUGGUAAAGGCCUCUCUGGGGCAGUACUUGCAUGUCACAUAACACACACACACACACACUCAGGCACACACACAACUAAUGUGUGCAGGAAUGACACACGUGGGCUCAUGGGAAGCAGGUGGGGCUGAGAAUUUCUGGGCUAUUCCCAAAAGUCUUGAGGUUAAGCCUUAGAGUGUCAUCACCACUGCCAAUGUGGCUUUAGCAGGGGAGGGGGCCUGCUAAGAUGAGACCCAUAGUCCUGCUCAGAGUCAUACCAGGGUCUGGGCCACCAUCCAUACCUGGCAGGGGCAGGAAGUCCUCACUGUGUUCAGAGGGAGCCAGGAAUCCACCUGGGUUAAAGAUGGGCAGGCCUGCUCCCCACUACCUUGCUGAGAGCCCCACUCCUGCUCAUGCUGGGAGCCAGCUGUGUGACCACCCAGGGGCCAAGGUGGAAAACCAGCCAUUUCCACUCCCGGAAUAAACCAAAUCAUGUUCUGCUCUUGGUUAGAAGUAUCAAAGGGGCAGGGGAGGUGACAAAGUCAGUGUUUCCAAAAGUGCAUUUGAUUAAAAAAAAAAAAUUCUUUUAGGCUAUAAACCUCCAGGUGGGAGGUAAUUCGCUUUCUACCAAGCAUCGUAUCACAAUCACUGGGUUUUACUGGCUGGUGUUGGAAAAACGAAGCUAAGUGAGGAGCUUCUGUUGGAAGGCCUUUUGUAGAGAGAGGGUGAGGUAAUUUCUGAAACAUGGCUGGUUAACAAGGACAGAGCCCAGCGUCCUGGCCAGUCUUGAUAUAUUCAAGUCAUUUCAGUCCAGGCUUCCUCAGACUGAGGCAUCAGAGUGAGCAGUUAGGGGUGGCCUGGGCACCCCCGCCUCCCACCUUCCAUGUCAGUCAUGUAUGCAGCGUGAAUGCCCAGGACUCUGGGCCAAGCAUUCCCUUUUCUGGAAUGCUUGGUGAGGCAAAUUUGCCACCUGGCCCUUGUGAGUUCCUGCCUGGCCCAGGGGCUCCCAGCCUGCUCCUGCUGGAGGAGUGGUGAUGCCCUAGGGCUGCAAAUCCGAGGUACCCAGGGCCAUGUCCUCUACUGCAUUCAGAAGAGCGGUGGUAGGGCUGGAGUUGGGUCACACCCAGCUCUGCGAUUCAUAGCCUGGGUCUCCUGAUGCUGGAGAGAGGAGCACAAGGGGCAGGCCGCCCUUCACCGCACCAGGCAUUCCCUCAUGAGCCCUCUGAGCUUGUGGCCCAUGAGCUGGGCACUGUCCACAGGCUCAGCCAAAACUUUUUGGUGUAACAAACCAAAGGUUUGUUCCCUGCUCUGUGCGCCUUUUAUUUGUCCUAAAACUACCUCCUUAGAGCUGUGAAGGGGCCCCCUACGUCCAGAUUCUAAUUUGGGGAACAGAUCUGGGUUUCCUUUAACCCGCUUCUUUCUGAGCCUGUGAGAAAUUCUCCGAGGGAUACCUGGACUGAGGGCUGGGGCUGGAAGAGACCCUCUUGUGCUACUAUCCUCUUGUAAUGGGAUCUGCUGUUUGUCAGUUCCAGUCCCCUACUGUGGUCCCCAUGGCCCCUGUAGCCCAGAUAGGAAGGUGGACCUCAAGGGACCUGGCUGAUACUUUACCAGGAGCAGGGCAGCUGGGCGAGGGAGCAGAGGGCUCAUGGGAGUGACUGUGCCCCUGGUGGCUGCUGGACACAGAGAGGGUCUCAUAGCAUCAGGCCAUCCCCACCCCAACUCUAGGACAGAUGUUGUCUAGGGUGGAGGGGUGGCCCAGGAGACCAAAGACAGGUGUACAUGAUGCUUUUCACAUCUCUGGGGUCUGAGGUGGGCUCUCCCUUGUCUCAGCCUGUGGCUGGAGCAGGAUGGAGAUGAUCCAAAAUCCACAUGCCUUUGGCUUUAAAACAGUAUUCAGCCCAGACUGACACUGAAAUUCCUCUUGAGCUGACUUAAGCUACAAGGUAGGGAGUGCCAAGGGAAGCCAAACACUCCCCAGGAGAGAGCUGUGCAGACUUUUGGAUCUUUUUACUCAAGGGCCAGAGACUGAAGGCAUUUAUUGCCCACCCUGAGCCCUUCAGGCUGUUCCCUCCUCCGCCAUUGCUUCUUGUCUUCUGGGCCAUUCCUCUCCACCCUGAAGGUCGGGAAUCGUAGCUGAUUCCCUGACAAGAGCCAUCUUGAGACAGAGAUGACUCUCGGGCAUUAGCUCAUGUUUUCAGGCAGGGAUGAACCAUUCCCUGUUAGGGUUUCAAGUCCCUGGGGAGUUUUCCCUGUGGGUCUCCUGGGUGUUUAGGGACAAGAUGGGGAAUGGGCUGCAGUGAAUGAGCCAUGGUCAUUCAUUUACUCACUCACAUAACUUGUGUAGCUGCAACAUACCAUGCACUGUUAGGUUCUCUGGAUAAAGGAGGAACAAGACAGGAGAACUGCUCUUUCCAGUUUUCAUCCCUCAAGGACCACAGACAUCAGCAGCCCCAUUCAUGUCACCUGAGGCAGAGUGACUGCCUUUCAGUCCAGUGUCCCUUUGCUUUUCAGCUCCUAGAAUCCUUAGAGUAUGAAUCUGUUUAGCUGAGAAACAGCUGUCAUGGCCACCCCUGGAUAAACAUUUGCCACUAAGUGCAGAUGCUGGAUCUUGGGUUCCAUCCAGGCAGUCACCUUCCCAAGUCUGUCUGGAACUUUCAGGGGUAUUCAGGCCAGCAUCUUUAAGGGACUGUAAAGUAGCAGUUUAAAGUCAGUGUCUAGAAGAAUGAGUCCGCAGUUUGCUGCCAAAUGCAUCUCAGGUUCUUAAUGUCACUGUGUCUUGCUCAUUUUUGCUCUUUUAUUAUAUAGUCCCGCCACCCCACCAAAGGAUAAUGGGAGGAAAAGCAGCUUCUUUUAAGAUCAUAGCCUUUCCUCAUGAGUCUGCCUCUCUAUGGCAGGGGUGGAUCAAGGAACUGGGAGAAGCCUGCCAAGGUUGACCAGAUGCCCAGCUCCUGCUGAGACCCAGGUCUGAUGGCAGUUCCUGGCAGAUUAAAGGAGGCCACUUCUAAAGCAAGUGCUGCACGGCUCAGUCACCGUGAGCUCUGGCCCUUGCUCCUACCUUGUGCCCCAAGUUGAAAACUGGUGGCUUUCCCCAGAUUUUGAGUUUCUGGUCAGUAGCUCCGGGAAGCCGAGUGAACCCUAGGCUCAUGUCUACUUCAGGAUAUAAUUCUCCAUCAAAUAUGCAUCAUUAGUAAAAGAGCUCUGCACUAUUUGAUCAAUCUCAAGGGGCCUGGAAAAGUUAACAAGGACGUGGUCCCUGUCCUGCCCCACCACAUUUUGCUGGCCUCAGAACAUGAGACCAUUUGGUUAUUGGUGUCAGACACCUUUUGAUCUUGAGCUCUCUCUCCCACCUGCUCUCCCAGAGCAGGAUACUGGGGUACUUUCCAGAAGGGCACUCCUUAAAACAUGCUCAGAAGGACUGUAUUUAACUCUUGCUAUUUGUAGCCUUGGGAAAGCCUCCCGUCCCUUAGGCACAUAAGAGCAAAGGGUCACAUGGUCAGUGGAUGACUCUGCAGAAGUGACCCACUUUGCCAGAAGCUGUAGCCCUCUCCUUGACAGGCCAGAGGGCCUGUUUCCCAUGGGCAUUGCAAGUGCCACCGUGCGGGGCCUGGCUCUGCACACCCAGGAAAAGUCUGCAGAUGCCCAGCCCUCCGCAAUAAUUCACCAGACCAGAAGCCACUGAUGUACAGAGAACACUUAAGAAAAAUGUAUUUUAUGUGAAAAAAAAGGUUAAAACUCUGUAUACUGUAUCAGGAGCUUUUGUGUACAAAUGGCAAUCAAGAGAGUCUAAUAUAUUUAAAACUUUUUUUAAAAAAAACCCUCGCUGAUCUUUGAUAUUGUAUUGAAGUAAUUUUCAGGUAACCCCUCACCAUGCGGCAGUGGUGGGCCUCGGGUCCAACACU